AUGGAUUCUGUUGCCACGGAUUCUCGAAUGAGCUCCGACGCUAUGAACUCUCCUCUCGCGACAGAAGAUGUGACACAAACCUCGCAUCUCUCUUCUCCGUCUUCGACAGCACCUGUCUCUACUCCAUUUGUUCCUACUAUUGGAGCAUGGGUAAAACCGCCUAAGAUCAUCCCGGAAGCUGUACCUUACCGCCACGAAACUCUAAUUCCAAAGGAAAGAGGCAAAUCAAAUCCAGAUUUAGACAUCCUUCCCCCUGCGAUUAAAGAGGAUGGACAACUACGCUUUCCAUGGGCUGCAAAGAUGGACCCUUCCAUCCGUAAUCUCCAUCGAACAACAACACCAACUUACAUGGAAGAUGGUACUCCCAAGAGAGGUUUAUGGCAUAUUGAUGAUUGCAUCAUGUUUGUUGCUCCUUGGACUACUGAUGCUACCUUAGCAUUACCAGAGAUCACUUCAGUCCCAGUCUGGGUUACGCUAAAAAACAUCCCUAGUCGUCUUUACUCACAUUGGGGAAUCAGUUGGAUAGCUUCGGGUUUAGGUGAACCUAUCACUACAGAUAAACCGAGGUUGGACCCAUUCCUAAUGGGAGUGGCUAAAAUCAUGGUUGAAGUUGAGCUAGAAAAAGGAUUUCCACAUAGAAUUGCAGUCGAGGACAAAAGAGGCAAUGCCACUAUGGUGGAUGUGGAGUAUUCUUGGCUUCCAUCGAAGUGUAGUAGAUGUGGGUUUUUAGGCCACAAGGAAACUAGAUGCCUUCUCCUUAGUCAACAAGGUACUGCAUCUAACUUAGUGUCCACAGUUCCUGCAAUCCCAGUUGUUGUUGAGGGUAAUACAAGCUCCCAAACAACCCAUGUUGAAGCAGCCAAAACCUCACAUGUUACGACUCCCAUUGUUGCACAAGAAACUCUUGUUGAUUGUGCAUCUCUAGAUGCUGCAGUGGUAAACACUGGUUCUGUUUCAGCCUGCACUUAUGUCUCUCCUCCUCUCUCAGUUGAAGCUGCACCAGUGGAGACUACAACCUACAUACACUCACCAACCGUUGUGGCUGGGCAUACUACUACUACAACUGAAGCGACUACCUUCACAACUGCCUUAUGCAACCACACUCCCAUAAAUACUGAAGUAAUAUUGCCUUCUUCUCCAAUGGUAACUGUCCCAUUUACUCCCCCUCGUUCAGGUUCAUUGGAUAAUGAGAAUGUGCAGGAAAAUGUCUUAGAAAGUAAUCAAUUUGCUGUCUUCGAUGUUGGAGUUUAUGGUUAUGAGAUGGGUGUUGAAUCCUCUCAACGUACCCGAGGAGGGAGGACAAUAAAACCUACACAGAAAAUCCAAGAUCAAUGGAUUACGGUAGGAGGACGGAGCAAACGUGGUCGUGGUGGCCGCGGUGGUCGAGGCUAA